UGACUACAACUGCUUAAUAAACAAUGUUCAUGUAGAUGUAAAAACCAAAGUUUAGUCCAGAGUAAUCCUAUAAUAUCUGAAAUCUGAAUCAUCCCAAAUAAAUUUUGUAAAAUCUAAGGUUGAAACAACUGAUUUAUUUCUAAUGCUUUAAUUCAUUUUAAAUUUUAUAUACAACAAUAAACAAUUUUGUUUACUACUUACUUCAGAAUUUUAUGUACAAUUUGUUUGCUUAGUAGUAUCUUAACUCAAUCCAUCAGUGUGUUGUGCGUAUUAUUAAAAAAUAAAAAUUAUUAAAUGGAAAUACAAUAGAAACAUGUAAGAAAACAUUUUGGUGACUUUAAAGAUUUUCAUCUUAAUUCGUUAUUGGCAUAGUUGUAUGGUAUAGCAAAAUGGUGAGUAUAAUUGGUGACUUGGAAACUGAUGAUCAGGCAAAAUGCCUGGUGCGCAAAUUCAAAAACCCUCACGAUAAGUCUACUGACGAUGAUAAAUUGGAAUUCUGUGUUGAUAAGAAUCUAACUGUUCGCCAGUUUAUUAAUACUGUUGCACAACAUUACAAUUUGGAUUUUGAUUCUUUUUUCUUGACAUUUAGUUCAUUUAAAUCAGAUUCUACACUGGAUUCUGGAACCAACGAUAAACCAAAAUUAGAAGCAGAUGAUGACCGUUUAUUGAUUGAUGUCGGUGUAGUGUUUGGUGAAGGUAUUCAAAAUCGUUUUGUACUAACAGAGAAUGAAGUUGAAGAAAGCGAUCAAGCUGAAUGUAUUGUUCGCAUACCUAAGGAUAUGAAAGUGUUUCCGUUGACUGUAGAUCAAAAUGAAACAGCAGGUCAACUGUAUAAACGUGUAUUAGAAUUAUGUCAAGCAGAAGAUUUGAAUACAGAAUAUUUUGUUUUGACCUUUAACUCCUAUAAUGUCAAUACUGAAUUGGUCAAACUUAUGAUAAGAGAAGAUGAUACAAGAUUGCUGAGUGACAUUGGGAUUGUGUACCGUCAAGGAGUGAAAAAUCGUUUUGAAAUAUCACUGGGCAUUUUAUCAGAUAAUAUGGAUAAUGAUAAUUCAUCAAAAUCAUGUUCCCCUACUCAAGAUCAAAAAAUAGAAAGUCAAUACUCAAAAAUUCAUCCUUCAAUUCGUCGAAAUGGUCUAGAUUCAUCAUCUGUUAUUGAAAAUAAUGUAUUAGAACCAACGUCACCAAUGCCAAUGCUUGCAUUACCUUCUACCCGCAUGCUGUAUAACCGUUCAACUGAAAGAACAUAUACAGGAUACAGAGGUUUAGUAAAUCAAGCAAUGACCUGUUACCUAAAUAGUUUAUUGCAAGCAUUAUAUAUGACACCAGAAUUUCGAAAUGCUCUAUACAAAUGGAAAUUUGAUUUUGAUGCAAAUAUUGAUGAGUCAAAAUCGAUUCCAUUUCAACUACAAAGAUUAUUCUUAAACCUACAAACUUCACCGCGACAUAGUGUUGAAACAACAGAACUUACACGUAGUUUUGGUUGGGAUUCAAGUGAAGCAUGGCAACAGCAUGAUGUUCAAGAACUUUGUAGAGUCAUGUUUGAUGCUCUCGAACAAGAAUUUAAAAAUACAACUCAUGUUGAUCUCAUAAACCAACUUUAUCAAGGCAAAAUGAUUGAUUAUGUAAAAUGUCAAGAAUGUGGAAUUGAAAAAUCUAGAGAAGAUACAUUUUUAGAUAUACCUUUACCUAUACGUCCGUUUGGAAGCACUAAUGCUUAUGGAUGUAUAAAAGAAGCACUAAAAGGAUUCACUCAGCCUGAAACAUUAGAUGGAAAUAAUCAGUAUUUUUGUGAACGCUGUAAUAAAAAAUGUAAUGCUCACAAAGGUCUGAAAUUCAGCAAAUUUCCAUACAUUAUGACAUUACACUUGAUGCGUUUUGAUUUUGAUUAUAACACUAUGUACCGCAUUAAAUUAAAUGACAAAGUUGUGUUUCCUAUAAAACUCAAUUUAAACAGUUUUAUAUCAAAUAAUAAAAACGGUUUAGAUAAAGAGGAAGCACUAUCCGAAGGAUUUCCUGAAGAAUUAUUUGGAUCUGGUAGCAAAUGUGAUGACAGUAGUUAUACUGGCACAGAUAGUUCAUCUGCAUUAGAUGAAAUUGAUCAAGAUGAAGAUGAAGGUAUCGACCUUAGUCAGCACAGACAUGAAGAUAAACGUGGAGCAGAUCUGAAUUCAGAAAAUGAACCGAUUGGGCCAUAUAUAUAUGAACUUUAUGCCAUUAUGAUACAUUCUGGCAGUGCGUCAGGAGGACACUAUUAUGCUUAUAUUAAAGACUUUAAAACUGAUCAGUGGUUAUGUUUUAAUGAUCAAUCUGUAUCGGUGAUCACAAUGGAUGAUAUUGAAAGAAGUUUUGGUGGUGGACCUAUUAGAGGAUAUUAUUCAGGUCAAUACACAUCUAGUACUAAUGCAUAUAUGCUCAUGUACAGACAAAUUGAUCACCGAAGAAAUAAAAAUGCAAUGACUCAAGAAGAAUUUCCACCACAUUUAAAAGAACUUCAUAAUUUAUUGGAAAGAAAAGCUGAAGAAGACAGACAGAUGAGAGAAAGAGAACGAGAUAUGUACAAGGUGCCUGUCCACUUGGCUGAUUUUAUGGAAUGUGGUGUGCGAAGCUGGCAAUUUGAUUGUAGUGGGACAACUACUGUUGAACAAUUAAAAGCUAUGGCUAUUGAGCAUUUCAGAGUCACCAAACCAUGUCGUUUAGUCAUUUUCAAUAAACAGGAUCAAAAAAUUGUUGAAAACUUGGAAGAUAAGAACAAUUAUCUGGUAUGUAACUUGAAAUAUUCAUUGACGUUUGUGUUACUACUUCAAAUGAUUGACGCAGAAGACAAUAGAAGUGUUGUAUCUACUCCAGGAUAUGUCUUAAUGAAAUUGUUCAUGAUAAACUUGGACGACAAUGAAGAAGAUAUUGAUGUAAGUCAGCCGAUGGAAAUUGAAAUUGAACAAAACAAAGAGAUAAAAGAUCUCAGUAAUCUUCUGUAUACAAAAUAUGAUAUUCCUAGAGAAUCAGUGUUGCAUUUUGCCAUUCAGAGCAGUUCAAAACCAACAUUGCUUGAAGAGAGCGCACCAUGUUCAUCUAUCUAUACUAAUUAUGUUUUUGUGUUCAUAGAACGUCAUGCUAUUGAAAAAUCAGCAUUUGGGCACAAGAUAAAAAACAUUAUCACACGGUACGACAAUACAAUCCUAUUACAAUUCAUCAUGCCAACAAAAGAUACAGAAACUUUACAAAAAUUGAUGUCAUUAUACAAUAAAAACUAUGUAAAUGGCUACAAUGACGAUGUGUCUAUGCUACCAUUAGAUAAGCAAACAGGUGUGUUGGAAGUGGAUUGUGAUCAACCAAAUGAAGACAAUAAUUUGAUUGCCAAUCCUGAGGACAUGUGUGUUGUAGCUAUUGGUAGUGGAAGUGGAGAUCAGAGCGAGGACAGUAGUAUAACAGACAGUGAAAGAACAAUCAAAGGAGAUGCUAUAGAAGAUUAUCAUAUGGAUUCUCCUACUUUUGAACAUGACCCAAUAAAGGUUUAUGAUCAAGGCAGAUUGGAAGAAAACUGGGAUGGAACUGAAGAUGACGAUGAUGAUAACGAAUUCCAGUCAAAUGAAAAAUAUUUUUUCAAAACAACAAAGUUAUCAGACAAGACAUCUGAAGACGAAGAUGAAAAACUCUACGCUUAUGUCGAUAAACGCAUGACUGUCAAGGAACUCAAAACUCAUUUAGUGCCAUACAUCAACAUACCAUCUGAUUAUAUCAUUCUAAAUCGAUGCAAAUCGGACACAGAAUUAGAGGAAUUAGCGUUACCUAGCAGUUCUUUAGAAGAUUUAGCUUACUCAGACACAAUUAAAAUUUCAAUGGGUCAAGCAUUACACGAUGGUGAAUAUCGUGGUAUCAUUUAUUCGAUUGAACCACAAGAACAGACACAGAUAUUGUUUAAGAAAAUGUUUGAUUGGAUCAUUAAAAAGGGAACCUCAGUUUUAGAAACCAAAAAAGAAUUAUUGGUUAAAUUGAAUAAGACACACAAUAUUGAUAUACCUUUAAACAGGUGUCGUUUGCGUAAGAAAAAAAGAGACUCUCUCAUGCGAUGCUAUUUCAAUGAAGAAAUUUGGAAUGAAGAUAUCGGCCAGGGAUGGGAAAUGGUCAUAUUGGAUCUUAAAGAUCGUUCCGAAUUGGAAUUAAAUAAAACCAAACGACUUAUGUUUGUUAAUCACAUAGAAGAAACAAAUUCACGUGUUAUUACUGAAAUGGAAUUCGUUGUUGAUAUAGCAUCCACAACAUCUCCCAACACACAGCUGGGCACUGAAAUUUCCAAGAAACUUAAUAUACCUGAAGAUCAGUUAGAAAUGGGUUAUAUGCAUGGUCAUUCAACUGAGAUUACUUGGAAAACAAGCGUGUUCAAUUGGUCAUUUAGUUUGUCUGAUGACAACAUCAUUUUAUACUGCCGAAAUGCAGAUAACGCAUCCAACAAAGAAACACCAAACAAGUGGCGUAGGCAACGCAAAGAACGUUCACUAAGAAUACAUACUAUGAAUAAUGAUUAAACAUAAUAUUAUGUAUUGUUUAAUGUUAGAUAAAUUUUUAAUGUAUUUAU